UUGACUGAAAAUAUUUUGAUUUCUCCACGUGAAUUUAAGAUGACUGACAAAGCUGCGUCACCAGUCGUUGCUUCGCCAACGGGUUCUCCUGCUCCCGCAAAGGCAGAGGUUGCCAAGAAAGCAACUAAGGCGAAAAAUCCAAAGCCUAAACCAACUCAUCCCAGCACCGCUGACAUGGUCAAUACCGCUGUAAAGACCCUUGCCGAGCGUAAUGGAUCCUCCCUCCAGGCUAUCAAGAAGUACAUCGCUGCCAACUACAAGCUCGACACCACAAAGCACGCACUCUUCAUCAAGAAGUACCUGAAGUCCGCAGUUGCUGCUGGAAUUCUUGUGCAAACUAAAGGAAAUGGUGCGUCUGGAUCGUUCAAGCUCGCAGUGAAGAAGACCAACGCUUCGAAGCCAAAAUCUAAUCUGGCGGUUGGCAAGAAGGAAGCAUCACCGAAGAAGACUGCGGUCAAGAAGGUAGCUAAGAAAACCGAAACAGCAAAACCGAAAGCCAAGAAAAUAGCUUCGCCGAAGAAAGCUGCAGCGAAGAAACCAGCUGUUGAGAAGAAGGUCGCGAAGCCGAAGGUAGCGAAAGCUGCGGCCAAACCGAAAAGCCCCAAGGCGAAGAAGGCUACAAAAGGACCAACUGCUAAACCCAAGGCACCCAAACCGAAGAAGGCGGCUGCUUCUCCAAGAACCAAAGCAGCGGCCAAGAAACCAGCUCAGAAGAAGUGAAUUGAAUCUCUCAAUGCAAUUCAGCCAUGAUCAUAACCAAACGGCCCUUUUCAGG